CCCGCGGCUUCUAAACAACCUACUCUCCUCAGGUCCCAGGCGCCGGCCUCCCAGUUUCCUGUGUGAUCCCGCCACCGCCAUGGCAGAGUUGGGCCUAAAUGAGCACCAUCAGAAUGAGGUUAUUAAUUACAUGCGUUUCGCUCGUUCAAAGAGAGGCUUGAGACUUAAAACAGUAGAUUCCUGCUUUCAAGACCUCAAGGAGAGCAGACUGGUAGAGGAGACGUACACCGUGGAUGAGGUCACAGAAAUCCUAAGUGGACUGCAGGCUGUGGUACACAGUGAGGUGGAGUCUGAGCUCAUCAAUACAGCCUACACCAAUGUGCUGCUCCUACGGCAGCUGUUCUCACAAGCUGAGAAAUGGUACCUAAAGCUACAGACAGACAUCUCUGAACUUGAAAACAGAGAAUUAUUAGAACAAGUGGCUGAAUUUGAAAAGGCAGAAUUUACAUCUUCAAAUAAAAAGCCCAUCAUAGACAUCACAAAGCCCAAACUUAUUCCAAUUAAUGAAGGUGGAACAACAGAACUGCUAAACAAGGAAAUUUUAAGACUUCAACAAGAGAAUGAAAAAUUAAAGUCAAGGCUGAAGACCAUUGAAAUACAGGCUACAAAUGCUUUGGAUGAGAAGUCAAAAUUGGAAAGGACACUUCAAGAUUUACAGCUUGAUCAAGGAAAUGAACAGGAUUUUAUAAAGGCCCAUGACUUGGAUGACUUGGAAAACACAGUCGCAGCUCUUAAGACCGAAUUUCAGAAAACCCUUAAUGAUAAGACAGAGAACCAAAAGUCUUUGGAGGAGAACCUAGCAGCAGCCAAACAUGACCUCCUCAGAGUCCAGGAGCAGCUGAGCAUGGCUGAAAAGGAGUUAGAGAAGAAAUUCCAACAAACAGCAGCAUAUCGAAACAUGAAAGAAAUUCUCACCAAGAAGAAUGACCAAAUCAGAGACCUACGGAAAAGACUGGCAAGAUAUGAAUCUGAAGAUUAAAGACUGAAGGUUUUGUCUAGAACCUGCCACACAUACAAGUUAUCUCCAUCCACCUCAGGCAUGUAUUUUGAAGCCUUUUGUCAUAUUCUCUCCUUUUUCUAGUGUUUAGACUUUGCUUGUAAUACUAGAAUUAGCAUUCUUGUCUUUAGUUCUCUAACCAAGAAGAGAAAAAAAGUAAUGAUUUUUUGUUGUCCCAAACAUCUAUCUGUCAAAUGCUCUAGAAUCUCUUGCAAGUACAGUGAGAUUUCUUCAUGGUAGAAGAGAGUUUAGAAUGGGAAUACGAGCCAUCCUUUUGCAUUAGUAAGAAGAGGAACCCUUUUAAUGUUAGAGAAACAGUACCACCAUUACUUGUACAGUCCCAGAAUGUAAAGAUAAAUAGUAAAGUUAUUAAGAUUUACAAAUAAACCUCUUAUUUUUAAUAAUGAAAUUUUAGUUAAUUUAUUCUAUCUCAUCUUCAAAAUGUAUAAACUCAUGGAAAAUAUGUUUACUGUCUACUGUAGUCAACAUUUUUAAUCAAUUAUAAGGGAAAGUGAGUGCAGUAAAUGUGAAGACUCAGUUAACCUUUGCACCUCUCUGUCACGAUGCUGCUUACCAAAAGAGAUGCAGGCAUUUUCUUGCAUCCUAACUUAUCACGGGUAUGUGUUAUGGAUGGAGAAGUCAGAUUUAUCUUAUGUUUUCACAGUUUAGAAAGCAGGUGGGCUCAGAGUAUAUGCAAUCUUUAGACUUAUUUCCAGAAUAUCCUUUUAACCUAUAUGUAAAUUAUAACUCUUUCAAACUCUGACUCAACAGAAAGUCAGUGACAAGGUUCCAGGUUGGACUUUGGGUCAUAGUUUGUAUAUGGUAGAUAAAUGGUGCUUUCAAGAGAUUUUAGUAUUUCUAUUGGUUUGCUUUUCCUGUGUAGUGCAGUGUUGUGGUACACGAAUAAAUAAAGACCACAAGGCAGUUAAAUCUCAGAAGGAAAGCAUUUACCUUUCACCUGUUACAAUGGAAGUUUUCCCAUUUCUCAAAACAUGUCACAUCCAGUGUGAACAACCUGAGAGACAAUCUCCACCUCCACAAAUAGGGAACUUAUUCCUGGAAAGAGUGUACCGAUCAAAACUUACAUCUGUUAUUUUCACUCAAACUUUUAGUACUAGCUUUGAAUGUACUGUGGGGUUUUUGUAGGCUUUGUUAAAAUACUGAAGGAACAAAUAACAGUGAGGUAAUUUCUCCCUGAAAAAGCAGGGAAGGCAGUCUUAGAAGAUGAGUGAAUUGGCAAAGAAGAGAAAAAAAUAGAGUAACAAGCCAACAUUUCCCACACACUUUUUCUCAUCCAUCUAUCUGUAGUUGGAUCACUCAUCAGAUUCUUGUAGGGUGCUCACUGAGGGCUCUAGUUUUACCCUGUAUUUCUUUAGCCCAACCCUAACUAAAAGUCCAUUUCGUCAUUUGUGAACUAGGAUGUUCUGUCUAAGUCAGAAACCAGAACUUCUAACUAAAUGGAAAAUGUUUCUUUCAGAAACUGUUUAGUUAUAUUCUGCCUACAGCUUUCUCAGUUUAAUGUCAGAAAGAAAGACUUAUUAAACAACCUAUAAAACAUUGCUGGGUAAAAGUUUAUUUAUUUAUGUUUGUUGGUAGGGGUUUUGAAAUAGUCUGUGUUGUGUGUUUUACUUGUUGAAUAAUAAAUUCAAAAGUAUUUAUGAAACCUUAAACUCUCUAAAGCAGUAAGAUAAAUAAAUAGACCGCAAAAAUCAAUGCGAUGCUUCUUUUACUUACACCAUUUACUGCUUCUGGGUUUUUUGCUGUACUGAUUUCUUUUUAAACUCAUACCGCUCAGCAAAAUGUGAUUUUUAAAUGUUUAUUUUACUUGGUUUCCCAGUUUUAAGAUUUACCUCAUUUGACUAAAAAAGCCAGUUUAGUCUAUACAUUUUAGCCCUUUAGGAAAUAGUUCAGUCUUGAGUAAGCUGUUAAUGUUCUGGUAACUGUGGACAGUUUGAGCUGGUAAGCCAUCUUAAUGAAGCCCCUGGCCAGGGUGCAGCAUUUAACCUACCAUACAUGAGGCCCUGGGGUCAGCUCCCACACUGUGAAACAAAAGCAAA